CAGGAGGUCUGGGACCCCCGUCACCACUUCCUCCAGACGGAGAACAGAGGAUCCAGUCAGCUUAAGCCAGGAUGGGACAAUAAUGAGCCAGCAAGCCUUCACCAAUACCAGCUUCACCGCCACCAGCACCACCAGCACCACCAGCACCACCAGCAGCUCAUAUCAGUGGGACAUGGCAAACGGAGAAGACCAGUUCGGCCUUGCAGAUAGUCCGGAGUCGGACUGCAUGGAUUCCCCAAAAGACACCGAAAAGGAGAAACCGAGCUACACCCUGAACGCACCAUCUUCACCGCAGACAGCCUCUAGCCAGCAGGGGAUGGAGGGAAUCAAAGUUUUCCUUCAUGACAGAGAACUUUGGACAAAGUUUGAUGAAGUGGGGACUGAAAUGAUCAUCACUAAGGCUGGGAGGAGGAUGUUCCCCAGUUACAAAGUGAAGGUCACAGGACUCAACCCAAAAACCAAGUACAUCCUCCUAAUGGACAUCGUGCCCGCAGAUGACCAUCGCUACAAGUUCGCAGACAACAAAUGGUCGGUGACGGGAAAGGCGGAGCCCGCGAUGCCCGGGAGGCUCUACGUUCACCCGGACUCUCCUGCCACCGGAUCUCACUGGAGCCGCCAGCUCGUCUCUUUUCAGAAGCUCAAACUCACCAACAACCACCUGGACCCCUUUGGACACAUAAUACUGAACUCCAUGCACAAAUACCAGCCCCGACUCCACAUAGUAAAGGCGGACGAGAACAACGGCUUCGGCUCCAAAAACACUGCUUUCUGCACCCACGUAUUCUCGGAGACCGCCUUCAUUGCUGUGACGUCCUACCAGAACCACAAGAUUACACAGUUGAAGAUUGAGAAUAAUCCCUUUGCGAAAGGAUUCAGAGGCAGCGACGACAACGAGCUGCACCGCAUGGCCAAGCUACAAGGUAAAGACUACCCCGUGAUCCCUCGCAGUACAGUCCGUCAGAGAGGCUGCUCCACCGGGAGUCCCUACAGUGGGGAGGGUCGGGGUCUGCGGGGAUCCCCCGAAGCUGUCAGCUCCCCCUACAGCUGUGAGAAUGGCUUGAACAGCAGCAGCCCCCAGGAGCUGCUGAACGCUCCCCCUGCACACUACAUUCUCCCUCACCUGAACCUGCAGCACGGCCAACAGUCACAGGUUUUCCACUGCACCAAGAGAGGAAAAGUGGAGAACUGCUCUUCAGGAAACCGCCAUCACCCAUACAAGAAACCCUUCACUGGUAGCUCACCAAGCGAGGGCGAGUCCUACUUUCGCCCCUCCUCCUACCAUCCCCCUCCACCCGGCCUCUCCAACACCCCUGCCCUGGGCCUCACUGACUCCCCCUACACCUCAGACAUGGGACAGCGUCAGGCGUGCAUGUAUGCCGGCUCAGAGCCCAGACUGGAUGAACUAAACUGUACAUCCUGGUCUUACACCUGCCCGCUCCCUUCUGCAAUGACCCCUGUGGACCCCUACCCACCUUACACCUCCCACCCCCCCUACAGCUCAAGUCCUCAGGGUUCUCGACUCAGCGCAAUAGCCCACCAGAGCUCAUCUCCUCUGGGUGAACACAUGGCCCACGACCCCUAUCAGAGCCAGAGCUGCGGACCUCAGCCUCAGAGCUCCCAGAGUGUUCACAGCAGGCAGCUCAGCCCUCCUCUCAGAGAGUACCCUCGCUACACGGCCAACCUGUCCCCUCCUCUUUACCACACGCUAGAGACACACACACACAUCCGGUGCGGGGUGCCAGAAUGGAGCGCAGCCUCGUAAGUGAACCAGAGGACAUAUUUAAGACUCUUAAGUGGACAGAGAUCCCUUGUUUCAUAUAAAAUGACCCCCCUGAAAGACUCUGUACAGCAUUCUGACUAAAUGUGAUAUUAUCUCUGUGAAAAAAUAAUUGUUAAAAAGUGUUGCUGUGUGAAGAGCUUUUUAUCUGUUAGUCCCCCCAGCGCUAAAUGGAGAGGUGGAUUUAAAAGACUCAACUUGGACAUCAAUGACGCUUCCAAUGCAGGACAAUCAAGGUUGUAAAACACAUCUCUCAGAAACCCAAAGACUGGUAUCAUUCUCAUAUUUGCACUGUGCAUCCUGUUAAGGCCGAGCUGUUCUCCUCUCAUUGACUCCAACUCUCUACAUUAUGAAGGAUGUUGAUUGUGACCCACUGUCAGACAGGCAGUUACAUUUACUGACCAAAAUUAUCUCAGCUCUCACAGCUGAGCCAGAGGGAGACAUUCUUUCAGCUGCGUGCUCAGUGUCAGUGAAGGAGAAAAGGCACGAGUUGUGUGUGUGUGCGUGUGUGUGUGUGUGUGUGUGUGUGUGUGUGUGUGUGUGUGUGCGUGUGCGUGCUUAUAUGUAAAGCCUAUGUCAGCUCCGCUCAAAGAUGCUAUGAUUUAAUUUCCAAUGAGACAGGCAGCAGCGGCCUCAGGCGCUGCGCCAUAGAGAUAAACAGUUUGUUUAGACGACGCUACAGGCUGAUAGACCUGUAAACACUCUUUGCACUGCAUUCUGGGUAAAUGCACUACUCAGCGUCAUGCAGCUGUCACCGCUGUCCUCUUAGUCACCCCCAGCCGGCCUAUCAGCAUUCUCCGUUUACAGAGAGCCACCCAAUGAGCAGGCGGCUCUCUUUUAUCCCCAGCUGACCAGUCAUAGCUGUAGUGCAGCGUGUUUUAUUGUGUGCGUGUGUUGGCCCAUUUUUGUUUGUUUCUGAAUUAUUCAUGAGUCCAGUGUUGAUCCUUGACAUGCGAGGAUUGCUCAGCAAACACACAGAGUCACAGGACUGGAAAUGUGAUAAUAUUGAUGCACCAACUCUUAAUAAUAUUCAUUUCAGCCUCUGUUUUUAUGCAAAAGUUUCCUACCACAUCAAUACAACUGCUUUGACAAGACUGAGUUAGAUACAUUUUCCUGUAGAUAAGAAGGGGAAACAUUUGUGGCACUUCCUGAUGAGCGGACGCAAGAAGAGAUUUUUGUUUAUUUGAUGUAAUGACGCAGUUUUUAUAUAUCUGUGCUGGUGUUUUACAUGAAGUAACAUGACAAACCAUCAGUAUUACGAGGGCAGAUCCUCAUCAUUCCUUUAUCUGUCUAUGAUUUAUGUGUGUCUGUGAGUAUGUGUGUAUAUUACAAUGAGAUUUUUUAUAGCCAUGUUCCUUCCCAUAGUAUUUAUUACUCUAGAUUUGUAAAGAUUACUUUGUUGUCGAUGCCAUUGUUCAGAGAUUUGUGUCUCUUCAAAGGUUUGUUUCUGGUUUACCCUCCAUCUCCACAUGGUGAUGAAUAGUUGAUACAUUAUCUGUUCUAUGGAAAUAAAGACAGAUUUAUAUAUAAAAAAUGAAAUAAAUACAUUUUUGAGAAUUUUGUCAA